UCCAUCUCUCUAAACCUUGACAGAGAUUGUGGGCGGGAACUCAAAGUUACCUAUAAAAGUUACAGGCUGGGUUCCCGCUUCAUGUCGGGGUUGUAAUUCAUGGAUGGUUAUACGGUGUUGGCUCGGAGUUAGUGCGGGGACCGGCGCACUGAGAGCUGCCUGAUGCUGCAAGCGUGAGGCGCGCCCACCCUGACUCCCACCCUGACACCCACCCCCUGACUCCCACCCUGACUCCCACCCCCUGACACCCACAGUCUCUGCCUAGCGCUUCAGACCGGAGCCGGAGAGACAUGAGCUGCUUUAGCACAGAACAUGCACAGCAGCUGCUCCACAAUAAGUAUGUGGCGAUCCUGGGGGACUCGAUCCAGAGAUCUGUUUAUAAAGACCUUGUCAAGUUCCUUCAAGAUGGAAACUUUCUGACUGAGCAUCAGUUAAAAUGCAAGGGAGAGAAGACCUUUCUAAAGGAUACGCUGAUUGAGGGUGGCGUUCUAGAGGAGAUGCACAAUCGCGUCACCUACAGAGAAGUGCGUCAAUACCGCACCAACCACCAUCUUGUGCGCUUCUACUUCCUCACCCGAGCUUACUCUGACUACAUGGAGAGCAUCUUAUCUGACUUUAAAGCUGACCAAAAGCCAGACGUGCUCAUUAUUAACUCCUGCAUCUGGGAUGUUAACAGAUACAAUGAUAUACAACUUAAAGAGUACAAAUCCAACCUGCAGACGCUGUUUAGACGCCUACAUGAGGUUCUCACCCCUGAAAGUCUUAUCAUUUGGAACAUGACCAUGCCUGCGGGCUUCCGGGACACUGAGAUGCCAGAGUAUGUGAGGUACAACAUCCGAUGGGAUGUGAUCGACGGCAACUUUUACGGUGCCACCUUUGCCAACCUGUACGACCUAGACGUAGUGGACAUGCACUACCAUUUCCGCUUGGAACUGCCCCACCGGUGCAAGGAUGCUGUGCACUGGAACCAAAUAGCACAUCGCAAGUCCACGCAGAUUCUGCUCACCCAUAUUGCGAAGGCUUGGGGAGUAGAAGUGCCACGAGGUGCUAGCGUUAGUGGCGCUCCAUCUCGUGUGGUCACGUGGCGAAGCGGCAAUGCCGAGCCUUUUGAGAAAGACAGAGUUCUAGGAAGAGACAGCUGCCGCUGGGAGAAGGAGCCAUUGCGUGGAUACUGUCCUGGAUACACCAGCUUUGAUGAGCGUUCUAGGGACAUUAGAGGAGCAGAAUUUUCCUUUAUCCCUGAUAAUCCAUUAAUGGUCGGUAAUGGGAUGCCGGGACCUGCCCCCUUUCAUGGAAAUUACCCCAAAGCACAAGAACUGUCUUUUGUUACGGAUACUCCUUUCAUGGUGGACAACUUCGCCCCUGGAUACAUCAGCUUUGAUGGCAAUUGCCCUGACAUGGAAGGAGCCCCUCCAAGAGGCCCCUAUCCUUUCCAUGGAAUGAAUAUGAUGAUGAACAUUGCUCCGCACCCGCCGUUCCCACCCAUGAACUUCGGUUACUUUCCCGACCACAAGCAGUUUGAAGAUCAGCAGAGGCUUCCCAUGAGGAGGCCGAUCAAGCAGCGGGACGGGCGGAUUCACCCCUAUCGUAUACCUACAUCUUUUCCUUCUAGGAUCUACUAAUGGGGGGGCCACAGCCUGUGCCCACGACUACUGAGGAGCUUAAGCACUUUUAUUGGGAACAGAAGGAGGGGUUUUGUUGCGUUUUUUUUUGUAUUUUCUCCCCCACUGUGGGAUUUAUAUUUGGAGAGGAGCCAUAGAUGAAGCUGUGAUGGGAUUUAUCACUAUGCAUUAGGCCAAUGUUUGAGACCCAUGAAAGGUCAGCCUUAUUAAUACCAAAGAAUUCCCAUUCGUUACCUGGUUAAAGUGAGAGUGGCCUGAACCAUUUGAACUCUAUCGCUUACAUUCACAGGGGUUUUUUGGAACACUUUUUUCACUUUGUUAAAGGGCAAGUCACGAGCACCAUGAAGCCAGGGUUGUGCACUAAUCCAGCUCUGUAUCCUCUCCCCCCUAUGAAGGUUCUCACUGCUGCAGGAAUCAGUGGUGGCACUACAGUUUAUUUCCCAGCAUGGGGUGCAAGAGGAGCUAAAGCUUUUGGUUUCUGGGAUCAGGGAUGUCCGUUCCUGCGCAUCCCACAGAGGAGAUUUUUGCAACUGGAGGAGCAGCCUCUGCCGGCACAUGGGGCAAGAAGAAGCAUUCAGACUUGGUCGUUCCGCUGCUAAAUGAUGGCUGCUAUUUUCAUGUCGAGGAAUCCUGGCAGGGCAGGAGCGUGUAUAGGUUUGGGGUUGUUUUCUGUAAUUUAUUUUUGGUUAUUGUUAAGUAUGAAAAAAAAAACUUGCCGGUUGGUGUGUGCAUUCACUUGUUGUACAUAUGCUGCCAUUUAUUAUACAUUAUUUGUCCUUAAUUAUCCUUAUGUACGGAACAUGACAUUCCUUAUGAAGGAGCACGGAGCUGUGCCAACACAGGGGCCCUUUGUGCUGGUAACUAGGAGAAGCCAUGUUGUACAGUCAGGGUACUGGAUUUCUGUAUCUCCAGCUAUAUAGUUAGGGGGUCGUACAGUUACAGUGUCAGCCCGAUAUGGGGGGGCUUUCAGGUUAAACGGAGAUACGUUUAUGUUUAAAAUGUGAAGUUGCACUUUAGUGUUAAUAUAUGUUCUCCUAUUAAGAAACACUUUUUUUUUUUUAAUUUCCCCCACCACUUGGUUGAAAGUACUCUAUAUUUGUCAGGUUUUUGUCCAGAUUUCUUUUUGUUUAAAUAAAGUUGUGAAAGAUA